ACUGUGCCCCAGGUGAUAGCAGCACAGUCGCUGGUUGCUGUGUGAACAUUUUACACAGGAUAGAACCUUCGUGAGGCAGUCGUGAUUUCUCAGUUGUUCUAAAAUGGAUUUGUGUUACAAUGGAUUGUGAUAUCACAGUCUAGAGCCAGUGGAAUGGGAUGUGAGUGGAUUUAAAUCUUUACACACUUCUAACAGAAAUUUGACUGGAUCUAACAUGCACUGUUGUUCGGAUAAUUCUGUUGUGAACAGAUUCAUUGGGUAUUUGGUGACUGUAUCAAAUCUUGAUUAAAGAUAGAAAUCUAGGAUUUCUGUUUUAUUUUGGAUGGCACAUUUCAUCUUGCCAAUUGGAUGAACUACAGAUUAAUAUCUGGAUACUACUGUUGGGAAGAAAAUGUGUAACCAUUGACUACAAACCUUGUUGUUAAGAAAAAGAAAAUUUUAAGUUCACAAAACGUCAGAUUCUGUAUUUCAUCAAAAUACUUGGAUACACCACUGCUAAGCAUGUUUUGCUGUUUGGAUAAUAUUAUUGUGAACAAAUUAAAUUGGUAACAAUUGACUCAAAGUAUUGUUUUACAAACACAAACAUUUAAGAGUGUUUUGUUUUCCAAUGUUGAUGCCAGUUUUCAGCAUUUAUUUGGAUGCAGUACAGAGCAGAAAUAGAUGUGUGUUGUUAGGAAAUACUCUUGCAAAGACCUCCAUUGACCAAACACUGAUUUUGAUCAUUCUUAUUCACAUUUGUGGUUUUUUGCAGGGUUUUUUUUUAAAGUCAAAAUCAAUUUCACCAUUUGAGGCUUUAUAGACAAAGAUGAUUUGUUUUGUGGAUAAUACUGUUGUGAAAAAACUCCCAUGACAGAGCAGUGAUUUUUAACAAUCUUUAAAAAAAAAAAGAAGAUAUUUUUUUCAUUUUUGAAGUAAAACUUUUGUGUCACCACUUGAGGCUCAACCCUACAAAAAGACAAUCUGUUUUGUGGAUAAUACUAUUGUGUGGAAACUGAAUGCGUAACCAGUGACUGUAAACAUUGACGUCGUGUGCACCCAGAGAACUCAAGUUACCCCAAGGAUUAGUCUGGUCGACCAAGCAUACAGAAUGCAUUGUCGCUACUACCAGAUGUUUUCCCCACCUGUCCCAGGUAGCCAACCGAUGAAAAAUGGUCCUGCCGGCCCUGUCCCUGGCCCCGGCCCCGCCGGCCCUGGCCCCGGCCCGGGUCCCGGCCCCAGUCACCCAGGUCCACCCCCUGGGAGCAACUUGAACACAGAAUCAGGGAUAUACCAAGGUUACAAGCCAGCUGGCAUUGAUGAGGCAGGAAACUGGGGUACGGCCAAUCCAACAGGAUUAGGCUAUGAGUCACGGAUGUUUGAUAAUCGUAACUUCGAGGCACCAGUAAGUGGGGAACCGAUGCCUCCAUAUGUAAACAACAGUGAUAUACCACCACUGUUGACUAAGAGUUCUGAUCUGCCCUAUAGUUCGGGGUUUUCUAGCAGAGACGGACCAGUGCCUCCCCCGGGCAUGAUGGGAAACAAUAUGCCUUUAUCUCCAGAAUUGACGUCUGCUGGGAAAACAACAUGUCCGCCAUAUUACCAUUAUAGCAAGCGACCAGUGGAUGAUCCAUCCAGAGGUGCGAGGUCCAGUGGAAAGUAUACUCCACCAGAGCCUCGAAAACGACCCAAAGUUUAUUCCCCAAGCCCUGACGAAUAUCACCAAGACUCGCCACGAUACCUGGGAAACUCACCUAAAAAUAUGUACGGGGACUACUUUACAGAACCCCCGCACAGUUCCACGGGAGAUCCCUGGUCGUCCAACAACGCGCUGCCUUCAUCUUCAUACCCAUCAUCCAUGCUGCCCAGUGGUUCACACUACUCUACAGCACCCAACUACACCAACAUGCACCAUCCACACGAAAUGAAUUAUCACCCGAUGUCGCCCAAUCAGGAUGCAAUGAACAUGUCAUCAGGUCUUCCCCCCAUGUCCACGUUCCGUGGGUCUUCCAUGCCGACCACGUCGUCCGCGUAUUCGUCAACCUCGCCGUCAGUCAACGGCACUGAGAUGCUGCCCAGCCGGUCAAGUCAGGGCUCGUCACAGACCGGGGACGCACUCGGCAAGGCGUUAGCAUCAAUAUACCCUACUGAACACACUGGUAGUAGUUAUGGUGGUUCAAAUCCCUCCACGCCCGUCUCUUCUCCGCCCCCCAUGUCAGCCAACCCUAAUCCUCAGUGGCAUCGGCCUACAACCCAAAGUACAACCUCUCCACAUUUUGAAAGUCAUCUACAUUCAUUGCAGAGUCGAAUGGAGGAGAGGCUUGACGACGCAAUCCAUGUAUUACGAAAUCAUGCGGAGCAUGCACCAGACCAGAUACCGGGCAUGCCAGGGCAUCCGGGUCUGCCGGGCAUGAUGCCACAGGGACAUUCCAAUGGAAUUAUGGGAAGCAUGGGUGGCUAUCCUCCAAUGCCAUUGCAAGGUCACAUGGACUCUCAUAUGGGAAGCAACUCUGGUCUUCCUGAUGGUCACCGAGGGGUGGUGUCCUCUGUCUCCACAGAAAAUUUAAGCGAAGAAUCUUCCAAGUCUACAGAUGCCGGCAUCAAGGUGGAGAAGCAAGAGAAGGCUGAAUUGGACACCCCGAAAAACGAAUCUACGUCUAAACCGGCGAAAUCGGCCAACUCCGGGUCCAUGCCAAGCAAUCCUCCAUCUGGUGGUAAACGACACAGGUUGUUCGCUAGAGGAGAUAGGUCAGAAAGCACGAUGCCUGUCAACAUGGACAGCAGUAGCGAGCCUGAUGAUCCAAACGAGUCUCCGGAAACGAAACACGAACGGGAGAAACUGCGGCGCCAGGCCAACAAUGCUAGAGAAAGAAUCCGCGUUCGAGAUAUAAACCAAGGUUUCCGAGAACUUGGACAGAUGGUCAUGCUUCACUGCGGCUCCAGCCAGCCACUGACCAAACUGAUGAUAAUCCAACAGGCCGUCAAUUUGAUCACCUCGUUAGAGCAGCAAGUUAGAGAACGGAAUCUGAACCCAAAGGCUGCGUGCUUAAAGCGGAGAGAGGAGGAGAAGGGUGAAGACAUGCCGGGUCGUCUCCCUGGCGACGACAUCACCCAACAAGCAGCCUUGGCAGAUAAAGGUGCACUAACUAUGAGAGCUGUUUUACCUUCUGAUCCUUACGCCACAGCCAUGGUUGACCCUACAAUUGCAGACAGUGAAUAUUUUCAGUCUCAUGGGACUUACCCUGCCGUAAAUCCUCAGGUAUACGGUCAGGAAUCCUACCAUGCAGAGAGGUAUAUCAGGGGAGGCUACCCUUCUAGUGUUAAUGGCAGGGGGGACAAUUCUGACCGGCAUAUCGUUGAGGAAAAAUCUGAAUAUUACGUCAAGGGAAAUAAUUCUUUGGAUGUGAACGAACGACACGAUGCUAGCGACGUUUAUGCAAGGGGGGACAACUCCUCUGUGGUAAGGGAAGACAACUCUAGUGCAUUAACCGUGGAUCUGAACAAACAGCAACACGAAACUAGUGAUGUUUAUGCAAGGGAGAGUAACUCUAUUGCAAAGGAAGACAACUCUGUUGCAAGGGGGGAUAACUCUAAUGCAUUCACUGGUGCGGGUCUCGGCCAGCAGGUUGUGUGUGACAGAGUCCAAGAGACCGAGCCCGCCACAACUGGUGCUUCCCCAAGACAAAGUGCUGGCCCCUCAACAGUUCAAGAAAAUGUGUGUGAUCGCAUGUCACAGACAAAUGUAUUGGCGGGCGAAAACGGACAGUAACCAUAUACGUAGACUGUGUACAGAAUAAACAAAAAACAAGAGAUAUAGUUAGAAUGCCUAACCCAUGACACUACAUGAAGAAAACACUGUCAGUACAUUGUUAUAUUUUUUGUACAGAUUAAUUAAUAUUGCCUCCUUUUGUGGCAAGUGUGGCGAAAUCUCGACGAGAAUGCCUUUGUUUUUGUUUAUUGUUAAAAUGUUUAGCUGAGAUUUUUUUUUCUUGAAAAAACAAUUGCCAUCAAUUUCUGUCCAAGGACAUCAAUAUACUAUCAGUGGCUGUAGGAGAUGGCCAGUGGUCCAAGGUACAUUGUCAUUGGCUACUUAGAGAAUUGUUGGCCAUGACUGCACUUUUGAUGGCCAUGGGUACACUGUCUGUGACCAUGGUUACACUGUUGGUGGCCAUGACAGCACUGUCAGCAGCCAUUGUUGCACAGUCAAUAGCCAUGGUUACACUGUUGGUGGCCAUGACAGCACUGUCAGCAGCCAUUGUUGCACAGUCAAUAGCCAUGGUUACACUGUUGGUGGCCAUGACAGCACUGUCAGCAGCCAUUGUUGCACAGUCAUUAGCCAUGGAUACACUGUCAGUAGCCAUGGUUACACUGUCAGUAGCCAUGGUAACACUGUCAGUAGCCAUGGUUACACUGACGGUUUCGACACUUAGAUUGGACUUGUUUUCAUUGUGGGUUUUAUUUUUUAUUAUUACAAUAUCUUCAUUUAGCAGCAUUUAUGCAACAGGUAUGUGCAACCAGUAACAUUUUAUUUGUAAUCAUGUGUAGUAUGGAGAUAUGCAUAACUUUGUUCACAGCAUCUUCACGGCAUCUUCGUAUGGUUGUUAACCCUUGCAUCUGCAGCUUUCUGCACAAGAAUUCCCAGUCAGUCCAUAUGAACUUAUCACAGGUCAGCUAUGGUGGUGAAAGUGUCAAUGUUGAAGGAAUCUGGACUUAAGUUAAAACUUGUAAAAAUCCUGAAAGAAAACAAAUUGAUUCUAAAAGAAAAGGAUCUGAUUCUCAAAGAGACAAAUUUGAUUGAUGAAGAGAUGAAUUGAUUCUCGAAGAUAAAAUGAACUGAUUCUCAAAGAAAAGGAUUAAAUUUUUCAAGAGAAAUUUCAGUUGUCGGGAGAAAUAAACAUUUUCAAAGAAGAACAUUGUAUUAUAAAUCAAAGACAAAAAAAAAAAAAAAAAAAAUCGAAAAUGUGGGGAAAUUCUCUAUUUAAAUGACUACCAAGAACAAGUCUUAUUUUGAAACAAGUGCAUUAAUUUGUUCAUUCAUUUAUUCAUUUAUUCAUUUAUUGAUUCAUUCAUUCGUUCGUUCAUUCAUACAUUAAUUUCUUCAUUAAUUCAUUAAUCGCCUGUAUAUGUUCAUUGGUCAUUGCCAUAUAUAUGCAUAAUUAGUGGGAUAUUUUUAAAACUUUGGUCACAAGAUUUGGCCAUUUUGCUAAAUUGUGAUUUGUUCCUGAUUUGUAGGACUUCUCUCUUUUAGUAUUAUUAUUGUUUCUCCUUUUGGCUGGUCAAGGACUGAACACUUUUAGCAUUUUAACCUUCAGUGCUGAAUUUUUAUUUUAAUGAGUUUCUACAUUUUAAAAUUAAAAAGACUAAUAUAUAAUACAUACAUACAUUUACAUAUAAUCUUUUAUUUUACUAAUGUAUCUUCUGGUUGAAAAGAGGGAAGGGAAGGGAAGCUAUCAAUUUGUUCUUAUCCACGAAGUGUUCAGGAAUUUCCAUCCUGGACAUGAGUUACGGUUCGCAGAGAUAAAUCAUUAAAAUAUAGCCUCAUAAAAAUCAUAAUCUUGUUUAACAUUUAUGAAAGGAGAAAACAUUGCAUUUAAAAUUAAUUUAUCCUGCAAUCAAUAAGUACACUGGCAUGAUAUAAUGAGUGGAUAUAUCUAUAUUUUCGGCAAUAAAAUAAAUAUUGGUCACGUGACUUGUUUACUUCAGAUUACAUUUUUAAUUAUAAAAGUUUUGUAUCAUGAUAAAGAUAAAAAUUUGAGUUUAAAAACACAUUUUUCAUGUGACAAAAUAUAGCUAGCAUCUUAUAAAAAAUGACAUAAAAAAAUAUUGCAUGACAUCAUACUGCAAAACACUCCAGUCUAAUGGUCCACAGUUUUCAUAGCAAGAUUGGGAAUAAAUAUGAUAUUGCAACUAUUCAGGCUUUAGGCUUAUAAAACUUUUAGAGUCUAGACUCGAGUGAGCCAGUAAUGUUAUGACAACAUGAUACAAAUUGUAUGUGUGUGACAUCAUUAGAGAUUGAGUCUGGACUCUUAAAAAGUUUAUAAGCACGGGGCCCUGGUAGGAUUGCAUGAUGAAUAAAAUAACCAGCUACAGUCUUAUGAUAUUGGUUUUAUCCUACUCGGGUGAAUACAAUAACCAGCUACAGUCUUAUGAUAUUGGUUUUAUCCUACUCGGGUGAAUACAAUAACCAGCUACAGUCUUAUGAUAUUGGUUUUAUCCUACUCUGGUGAAUACAAUAACCAGCUACAGUCUUAUGAUAUUGGUUUUAUCCUACUCGGGUGAAUACAAUAACCAGCUAGUCUUAUGAUAUUGGUUUUAUCCUACUCGGGUGAAUACAAUAACCAGCUACAGUCUUAUGAUAUUGGUUUUAUCCUACUCGGGUGAAUACAAUAACCAGCUACAGUCUUAUGAUAUUGGUUUUAUCCUACUCGGGUGAAUACAAUAACCAGCUACAGUCUGUAAAACAUUUUGGGAUGAAUUUACAAAGCCUGUUUUGCAUGUAAAUACAGGGCUUCUAGAUCAUGGUAGCCCCACUCCCGUAUUUAGUGAUAUUCAAUGUUGGGCUAGUAAAUAACUACAAUUGCCAUGCCCCAAUUGCCAUGUCUGUUUUGUAAAUAUGAAUAUACUAACCCCACUCGAACCCCAUAUGUUAGUCUUUAUAAGCUCUAUCUCCCUCUUUAGGUGACAUAUCUGAUCAUUACUAUUAUUUAGUAAAAUUGUAUUAACUUAAAGUAAAGUAGGGCUAGUGAAUUUUUAAUCGUGGCUAGUAAAUUUUUAA